AUGUUGCUGUUCAGCAUUGUUGUAUAUUUUACAAUUAUUAUUAAUGCACUGUUAUGUAUACCAAUUGAGCAAGACUCAAUGCCAUCGAUCGAUGAAUCUAUUGCAUCUACAUCUGAAACAAAACAAAAGUUGACAUUGGAUGAAUUUUUCGAUUAUACAACUUUUCUGCACAUGUCAUUUUCACCCAAUGGUCAAUAUCUACUUUAUGCAACUAAACGUCCAUCGCCUGUUACUGAAUAUCAUGCGUAUGGCCUAUGGUUGUACAACAUUCAGACGAUGGAAACAACCCAGAUCACAAAAUAUCUCGAACCAAAUGUGAAUCCACAAUGGUCACCGAGCAGUAAUUUUAUAACAUAUGUUUCAUAUGAUAAAUACGUAUCCCACACAGCAAAUAACUUGCCUGGUGCAUUUGGAAGUCGAGCAAAUUCACCCGAUCAAUUCAAACACGGCUUUUCUGUCUAUUCAAUUGAAUUACGUAUUAUUAUAUUCAUUCCAGUUGCAUAUUCAAUUCCAACUAUUGUUACAUGGUCUCAAAAUGCUUCAACUAUUUAUGUACUUCAAAAUAUAGAAUUGAAUAGAGCUAAUCUGAAAGGAGAACUGAAACAAUCUGAUAAAGAAUCAAAGCUUUAUAGUGUACGUCUUAGCGGAACAAAUGGUGGUAUAACUUACACAAUAAAUAUUCUUCAAACAAUUCCACUCCAUGUUCGCGAAUUAUUGUUUGUACCGUCCGAAGACAAGUUCAUUUUCAUCAGCAAGGAAUUGACUAAUAAAAACGUGGAAACCAAUGAAAUCUAUUCGCUCGAUCUGAAAGAUAAUUCAAUAAUCAACAGAUUAACAAACGAUGAAGACGAUGAUCGAAUGUUGCAAUUGUCUAGCGAUGGUAAAACUGUCUUUUUUACUGUAAAUAUUGAUCAGAACGAUGAUAAUGAUGCUGUUAUUCAAGAACUAUACGCAUUGCAUGUAAAAAAUGGAACUAUACGUCGAGUUGGAAAAAAAUCCGAACUGCACAUCAUAGAUUACACUGCAAAAGUAGAUGGUGGCGUGUAUGUCCUUGGUCAAUGGAGAACACAAAUACAAGUCUAUUCAGUACAAUCAAUAGAUGGAGAAUGGGUACGACAUGAUGGAAUUCCCGGAAGUUACACUUCGGUUGCCUCGUCCUCGAAUCCAAACUGUGCCUUAGCUUUUGUUUAUUCAUCAUCACAACGACCUAUGGAGAUCUACUGUGCACAAGAUGUUAAAAAUUUAGUGUCGGCAAGACAGAUUACUAACGAAAAUAAAUUAUUUACCGAAAGACAUCUGCCAGAAACCAUCGUAUACAAUUGGACUAGUAAAAAUGAUGCCUCUCCUGUAUUAUUAAAUCGCAAAGUAAUAGCUGAGAUCAAACUACUUAAAAAGUUGGAGUCAGAAAAUAAAUUCAUAUUAGACAAAGUUUCAGGACAAUCUAUUGAUACCAAUAGACCACCACCACGUUUCAACAACACGCCAAUAACCGUACGUUCGUCUGAACACUACCGCCACACCAUUGAAGGUCGACUUCUGUUACAAAGUGAGCCGUACUGCCGCGCAUCAUUUCUUCUUCAGAUUGGUUUGACUGCAGAAUAUCCUUUCAAAUAUCCUGACAUACAGUUUCUAGAUCCAAUUUAUCAUCCGAAUAUUUCACAAACAGGUGUAUGUUGUGGUUGUGAUUGUGGCUUUCGCUUUGCAGAUUCAAACUACAGACCGACAUUAUCAUUGCAUACGAUCUUGUCAACUAUUAUUCAAAUGAUAGACAGUCCGUUUGUUGGAAAAAAUGGAAGCCAUAAUGAAGAAUGUUAUCUGGAAUAUCGUAAUGAUUAUCCAACAUUCUACAGAAAAGCAUUGGACAGCACACUUUUAUAUGGACGACCACGUGAUUGA